AUGCGACUCUCCACAUUGAAGCUCUGUGAAAAUUGUUGUUUACAAUUAGAUUAUUGUUUCGGCUUCUGCCGCCCCCGUUGUUUGUUAGAUAGCGGUGGCAGUGGUGGCAGUGGGGGUGGUGGUGGUGGGGUCGGUGGCACGGGUGUUUGCAUUGAUACCGAUGACGCUGCUGAGUGUUCCGUUGUGGUUGUCCGCAGUCUGGGUUAUCUUUACAAGUCGGAAGAUAAAUCAUUUGUUGCUCACGGGGCCCACAUGAAACGAAUUUCGUGUCGGUCAGGAUUACAGUCCCAGUUUGAUGUACACUUGGCUCACAGAUCAGUUGCAUAUUCGUUUUCCUUGUCGGAUCAAAUCCAUCGCUUUCGUUCGUGGUCAUUUAUGUUUCCAGAAUUGAUCAAAGCAAUUCUAGAAACAUAUGAAAUCUGUCGUUUGAAUCUGUGGAAGUAUUUGUUACCGAUAGAUAACUCCGAGUCAAAUGAACCCGCAGAUUAUGAUGACACACUGUUCAUGGAAUAG